CUCGAUGCAGCAGAUCACUGGCUACGAGCUCAAUCCCAACAUACUCGCCCAAAGUCCAAGCCUUUCCGUUCGUCCGCUCUCCCCUUGAGGCCAUCACCAACCUCGGGCCACAAGCCGCCGGCGCCGCACUCCGCACAGGUUUGGCGUGGCGUUCGUGGCUCGCGAAAUACUUCCCCUCGCGCUUCCAGUCGUUCCAGCCGACGCGGUUCCAAGCUGUCUAUUAUCCCGCGUGGAUCGUCGAUGCGGACGUGCGGGCGAACGUGUCUGCCGACGAUGAGCAGGAGAAACCAGCGCUGCUGCAGGUUCUGCACGGGUAAAUAUGGCACCCUGUCCUUCUCUGCUAUCCUGCUCAUGAACGGGAUCUCACGUUCCUCCACCAAGCUACAUGCCAGGGCACACACUCGAGCCGCUCUCCCGCAUCUCUUUCAAUCGCUAUCCUGACCCGAUGUCUCCUCUCGACUCGCUCCCGUGGGAGUCCUCCUUGGCCACCCAACACGACGUGCCGGUCCAAUGCCUUCCCUUCCAGAUCUCCCCGUUCCCUAUCCUCGAGAAGCUCCGUAAAGUAAGCCCGCGCGAGGGCAUCAUCAAGGACGGGCUCCGCUUCGACCCGUCCACCAUCCGAUUCAACUUCCUCGCAGCCCACCCGGUCCUCCUACCGCUCUAUCUCGCGGAGUACGAGUCUGCGUACGGCGAGCCCUUCACCAUGAUAUACGAAGCCCACAACGACCGCAUACUGAGCACCGACCGCACCUACCCCUUCCUGAGCUACCUGUCGUCCGACGCCGCGCCCGCGCCCAUGCCCAGCAUCAACAAGAUGCUGAACUACUACCACUCGCAGGUCUCCAUCGGGGGCGGCGCGGCGCGCGAGAUCAACGAGGCGGCCGGGUUCGCCGCGCCCGCGCACGCGCUGCGAGGGUUCCACGACCAGCUCGCCGCCAUGCGAGCGAUCGAGGCGCGCGCGGCGGGAUGGCUGGGGCGGGGUGCGGCCGGGGAGACGCGGGUGGAUAUGCACGACCUCAGGGUGCGCCCGUACUCGGAGCACGCCUCGUACGACGUGCUGCGGUUCCUCCACCUCAGUGAUACGCUUGCCAUCAUGGAAGCGGAUUUCGAGGUUGCAGAACACAGAAUGAACAGGCUGCCGUCGCACGCCAAGCCGCCAAAGUUUAUGAUUGAAGCACGGCAAAAAGCUCAUCAAGCCAUGAAGCACGCGCGCGAACAAUUUCCGCAGUCAGCACCUGCGUGGUGGAAAGAGUGGCUCAAACGCGAGAAGGGCAAGACGAAGAACUGACGCGGACGCCAGUGCGGCCUGCUCACAUAGCGAGCGGCCAGAGCACGAACGUCCUCGCACUAGCUGUGUACUUAUUAUGCGUGCUACAAUACAUCGGCCCAUCAAACUGCUGACGACGACUAUCCCAACAAAGUCCAUGAAAAUACCGGUAGUGAUCAGGAAAGGAAAAGCGAAUAGCGAAAAAAGUAUAUGUCCGUGUAAAAGUACCUGAUGAGAGGAUAAGGUAGGCAGCACGCGAAGAUGCUCGUCUGCCAGCGCUCGAUCUCGACAAGAAGGGGUAUAGCGGUGGCAACUCAAACCAGUCCGAGUCCGAGUCCGAGUCCACUGAGCUGCAGCAGACACAAAAGUGUGCCGGCGAGCAACAUGGAAGUGCCAAGGUUUGCCCGCAGCGCCUGAGCGCCCGAAUCCCACCCAUAUGGCACGCCCAGCUGCGGGCUCUGCGUGGGCGCGAAGCUCGUGCUCGUGUGCACGACUCCGCUCGAGUCCGUCAGGAUCAGCGUCGCGCGCGUUGGGCUGGGCGAUACCUGCGGCAGCGCGCUGAUGUUGAACUUCUCCGCGCCUACAGCACCGCCGUUGAUGGUGAAGAAGAGUGGCGCGUAAGUCGAGGUAGCGAGACCUGUCACUGGGGCUGAGGUGGGCACCGACGUGUUGAAGAGGUAUGUCGGAGUUGUGUACAUGGGCGCAGAGAUCAGCGAGUUGGGCAAUGCGGUGGCGACAGUGAGUGAAAGGGAGGAGAAGAGGGCGGACAAAGAGGCCUCUGAAGUUGCGGUAGGCGUCGCGUUUGUGGGGUUUAGGGGGUACAGGCCGAUCAUGGGGGCCUCUUUGGCAGUGAUCCCGUAGCU